AUGGAAGAAGUGUCCAUCCGUAUUGCCAUCGAUCUGGAUUGGUUCAACAUCUUAGUGAAGAGUGGGAAGCCGGAGACGCUCGAGGACUUGGCCAAAGCAACGGGAGCCGAUGGGCUCGGCGCAGUUGGCGCAGCAGGAGAGGUUGGGAAGGUAGGCGAAGAGGCGUGUGUGCCCACGAAGGUGACCAGAACUUUCGUAAUACCACCGUUGGCUGCUGGGGUUGAGUUCUGGUUUGUUGCGGCUCUUUCGUCCGAUCUGUUGCUACCUAAGCCAGAAGUCAAUCCUCGUCUUGCUUCUGGGAGGGUCCGCCGUUCAGGAAUGCUGACAACGUAA